UGGUGUCUUUCUGUGGGACGUGCCUGUUGUGUUUUCCCCUGAGUGGUUCAGUUUUUCUGCCAGCAUAAACAAACGCAUGCAUGUCAGGUUUUCUUUUUUUUUUUUAAAUUGGAAGUAAAUGCUUAUGAAGACCUCAAAGUUUGUAGAGUGAAAAAUGUGACUUCCAUGUAAAGUUUUUUGAGGGUUUAGACUAAAAAUAAUACAUAGGUGGAAGUCCAUUCUCUGACAACAUCACAUGCUGUUUUUAUCUGCUGCACAGAUAAAAUCAGCUUAACAGUUCAACAAAACUCAAGUUUAUUUUCUCUUUAAAAAAAGAAGUCAAAUUUAGGUCCUCGUAAAGUUUUAAUAGUCAACAAAUGGUUAAUAAAACAACUAUGAAAGAUACGUGGACUUGCAUGCCCGCACACCCUUUCUAUAGAGUGAAGUUCCACAGAAUAUUAUUUACCUGAGGGCAAGACUUCCUUGGAAAUGACACGGCCUCGUGAUCAGGGAGGGCUUUAAAAAGCGUUCAACCAGUCAAACUGGCACAAUACACCUCUUCUACACUCAGAGACGCAACGCUCAGCAGCAAACAAGCAAGUAAGUAUUUCAAAUGAUUCUUAGAUGAUUUUGUUACUGAGCACCUGUUAAAGAAAAGCUGAAUUUCUUCACGUUUCAGUUUUACAUUUGUGAAUAUUUUAUAUUGUGUCUAUUUUUCCCCUCCACUCACCUAUUUUGUGUUUUUUCUGUAUCGCAGAAAAAGCAGCCUUCCACGCAUUGCUUAUUCUGCAUAUCUGAUACGAGCAUGGUCACCGCCGAGGAGCUCGAGUGCUGCGUGUGCUGCUACGAGUAUUCACGCAGCAACAGGAUACCGCGGGUCCUCCACUGCAACCACACCUUCUGCGCCCCUUGUCUGGAGAGAAUGUCCAAGCUGGAGGGUGCCAUCUACACCGUCUCCUGCCCUCUCUGUCGUUGGAUUACCUGCACCAGAGCCAGCUUGACUUUGCCAGGGGCUCUGUGGGUCAACACAGAAAUCUGGGACCAGAUUUCCACGGAGCAAAAUCAGAAUGAGAACCAUUCAAUGGAGGAUUUAAAAGACCCAAAGUCGCUACUCAUCGAGCACUCACUACCCGUUUCACAGCAUUCACGUUUGAAGUCCACACUCUUGAGGGUUUUCAGCUGCAUGCCUCUGCAGAGCAGACACUAAGUGAUUAACAGCAGGAUUUGUACCUCUUACAUGUUGUUUAAUCGUAGACUGAAGUGUGCAAGACCGUAAAGUUUGCAUGAUCUGAGCUCCACGUAAUGGACCUGCACACAGGGCUUCGGUGAGAGUUUGCGUCUUGUGAAGAGUGAAGGCCUGAAAGUCUUCCGUGCGGCUUGACUUUGUGUGAACUUGACUGUGAUUUGGAAGGCACUGAAUCUGCCUCCAUUUAAAGUUGUGACUGUGAACCUUUUUGUUGUUUUAUAUCAGCAACAGCAAAUGUACUAAUGAAAAAAUAAAUCAGAUCAGCACUGUUUAUCUGAACAACGAAGAUGAUUUAAAGCAUGAUUUUUAUAAUAUGAUUUAUUUUAUAAUGAAACUUUUUUGUCACUUUACCUGUUUUAUACAUUUUUAAGAAAACAGUGUCAUUUUUGUUAAUUUUUUUCUAUUAUAAGAAUCACAAAAAUGAAGGGUUUUAACUAAAUACAGUGAAAUGCAAACUGUCUACUAUGUAUGUAAAUAGCCGUCUGUGAUACAAACAUGUUAAUGAACAUCAUCUGUGAAUAAAGUGUUUGGAACUGAAGGAGCACAUGUUCAGUUUUCAAAUAUGGGAACCGUUUAAUAAAUGUUCAAAAGUAUCCAGCACUCAUUGUUUUCUUUGAGACUCUACUGUACUCUGCUGUGUUUAUUGACACCAAG